GCAUGGGAGAGGUUUAAAGAAUUACAAAACUUGUGUCCACAUCAUGGGUAUGAAACUUGGAGGUUGGUUAGUUAUUUCUAUGAGGGUUUAACUAGUACGGAGCGUCAAUUCAUAGAGAUGAUGUGUAAUGGGGAAUUUUUGCAUAAGGACCUAGAAGAAGCCAUAGAUUAUUUAAAUGAGUUAGCUGAAAAAGCUCACACUUGGACAGGACCUAGUGCCACCGAUAGUACUAGUAGGUCACGAUCACUUGGGAUUUACCAACUUAAGGAGGAAGAUAAUCUUAGAGCCCAAUUGAAAGCUACAAGUAGGGAACUUGAGACGUUAAAAAUGAAAAAUAAUAGAGUCACCCACACAGUUGAAAGGGUAGAAGCUCAGGCUCCAUGUUUUGUUUGUGGGGGAUUGGAUCAUUUAGCUCAAGAUUGCCUAACCUUUGGUGAGAUGAGAGGGGUUUAUGAAGAACAAUGUAAUGCAUUAGGAAUGAAAUCUACCUUUAAUUUGGAGAACAUUCAAGGGGUCAAUGCAAUCACUACUCGUACUGGUAAGGUUAUAGAGCCAUUGCAAAAAUCAUCUAAAUUGAAGGAUACUACUCCAAGUAGCCGUGAAGAUGACCUGUUGGAAGAACCUAAGAAGGAGGUCCCAAUUCGAGUUCCUUUCCCUCGAGCUCUUAAAAUUGGAAAGAUUUCAAACAACCAAGGUACCAACUUAUGCCAAAGUGAUCAAGGAUCUAUGCACCAUAAAAAGGAAACACCAUGUCAAGAAAACUGCAUUCUUGACAGAACAGAUACCCAAUCUGAAGUUAACAGUGAGUCAAAGAUUCCACUUAUUUUAGGAAGGCCAUUUCUUGCUACUGCUAAUGCUCUUAUUAAUUGUAGGAAUGGUUUGAUGAAACUUUCAUUUGGGAAUAUGACUCUUGAGGUGAAUAUUUUUCAUGUUGGGAAGCAACUAUAUGAUGAUGAUGAAUGUUAUCAAACCUACAUGAUAGAUUCACUAGUUGAGGAAGUAUAUGAGAGGGAAAAUUCUGAAUCUUUAGAAUACCUCCUUGGUGACUCUGAUUUAGAUGAUGACUUUUUGAAUGAUCAUUCUAAUGUUUCCUCUAUUUCUAAUGCUAGGCAGGAUAAACGCAGAAAAUUUUUAGAGCCAAGCUUUGCGGAGUUGCUAUAUGAUAGGAAACAUUUGAAGCCAUUUUCAAUGGAGAUGCCACCUUGUGAAGGAUUGAAGCAUGCAUUCUUGGGAGAGUCUUCCAAAUUAUUGGACAAUGGUUGAGACAUUAUAUGGAGCGAGUAGACCAACCUGAGGAGAUCAUUCUUUCGGCUCCCAUCUACGAUGCUUAAUCAGGUUUUAUCUUUCCAUACUAUCAUUUGUUUUUCUUAUUUUCUUUUAGUAGUUUUUCUUUUCUUAGUUUUUUUUUAGGUUUCCUUCCCUAGUUAUUACAUUUUAGGGUUGCCUUUGUUUCUUUUAUGCCAAUGAGGACACUUUCUCAUUUAGAAAAAAAAAAAGUUCAAAAAAAAAAAAAAGAAUGAAAAAGAAAAAAAACCAGAAAAAAAGAAGAAGAAAAAAAAAAUUCUACCAAAUAAAGUCCUCCAUCAAUUUAGAAGACAAACUUUCUUUUGAGGGAACAGUUUUUCUCACUAGGCUCUACUUGUAUUGCUCUCAUAUUUGAUUGAUUAAAAUCCUGAAAUUGGUUGGAGUACGAGUAGUGGAAUUUUGAAUAGCUAACUAGCCUUUCUUCUAAUUAAUGUUUGUUUGUUUGAUUGUCCGUUAAAUUUUGCCUUUUCCUUUGAGUGAUUUGCUACUUUCCAACUCCAUGAGAGAAGUCCUUUGCCUUAAACAGUUAUUAACCCGUGAGGAUAUGGAGUU